AUGAAAAGAGUCUUACGUAAAACAUCUCAACCAAUAGCAAUAAUUGAAUUAAGUGAUUCUGAAGAUGAAGCAGCAAAUGUUUCAAGCGAUGAUAAUUAUGUUCCUGAAAAAAAAGUGGCCAAAACAAGUCAAAGAAAGAAAAAGACAGAAUCUUCAGGCAAUGACGCUAAUGCCAAUAAUAAAAAAAGAAAAGCUAGAACUUCUGUGUCACCUGUAAAGAGGACAAGGAAAAUAGCAAAGCCAAAGAUUGAAACAGUAAAAACAGGAGAUGUUACAAAUAUAAAUAUAAAAGAAUCAAUAGAUUUCAAAACAGAAGUAACAAAGAAAACUAAGAAAGAAGAAGUAGAAACUUCUGAUGAAGAGAACCUUAAAGAAAGGCUGAAAGACAAAAUGAGAUUGCAGUCUAAUUCUAUAGAAUGUAAAGAAUGGACAGAUGUAGAGUUUAUAAGUGAAAUAAAUAAUGUUAGUAGGCAUAUAGCAGAAAAUGUCAUAGAGCUUUUUAAAGCAGACAACACAAUACCAUUUAUUGCAAGGUAUAGAAAGAACAUGACUGAGGGUAUGGAACCAGAUGAACUGAGAGCAUUGAAAGAGACUUUUGAUCAUGCUAAAACAAUCAAACAUCGUGCUGCCACAAUUCUGAAGGUUAUUGAUAAAUCAGGACAAUGGACACCUAAUUUACACUCUAUCAUUACAUCCAGCAAAUCCUUAGAGGACUUAGAUCACAUAUAUUCCUUUUACAAGCCUGCGUCCAAACGAUCUCUAGCAGCAAGAGCUAUCGAAUUAGGCUUGGGACCUAUCAGUAAUGCUGUGCUACAGGGUCAGCCACUGCCUCAUAUAUCAACACUUAUUGAUUCUGAAAAGGAAGGUUUGAAAACAGAGGAACAGAUCAAAGAAGGAAUUAUGCACAUAAUUGCAGACACAAUAAACAAGGAUAAAGCAGUGUUUGAUAAGGUCAAAGAGCUUCAAGAUACAUGUUCCAUACAAAUACAAACCGUGGAAUGCAAAACCAAUAAAUCUAAUAGUAAAGAAAAGGAUGUGAAUAGAAAGUACGAGACGUAUUAUGACUUUAAUACCACCACAAGAAAUAUUAAACCUCACCAAAUAUUAGCUAUUAACAGGGGAGAGGCACAAAAAAUUCUGAAUGUGAAAAUUAUAGUGCCUGACUUUCUUCAACGUGCAUUUAAAACACAGUGUUGCAAACAGUACAAAGAAGCUAGGACAGCAACCCAAUUUCAUAAGAUUGUAAUGAAUGACAGUAUUGACUGUGCCUACACGAAAUUCAUUAAACCAUUAAUAGUUCGCCGAGUUAGGAAUGAAAUGAAGCAGAAAGCAGAGACCGCAUCCAUUGAAGUUUUUGUAACUAAUGUCAAGCAGUUACUUCUAACUCCUCCUGUUAGAGGGAAAAUUAUCCUUGGUAUAGAUCCUGGAUUUUCUCAUGGCUGUAAGCUUGCAGUAAUUUCUGAACAUGGUAAUGUUCUCGAAACAGCUGUAAUUUAUCCGCAUAAAAAGUGGAAGACAGCUAUAGAAGAAUCUGAGAAUACUGUGAUAAAGUUAGUGACCAAACAUAAAUGUACAAUUUUAGCAUUGGGUAAUGCAACAGCAUGUAGAGAAACAGAGUCUUUUUUGAAUAGACUGAUAAAGUCAAAAGCAUUUGGUUCAAUGGAUAUUUUCUAUGCAAUAGUUGAUGAAGCGGGAGCAUCAAUUUACAGUUGCAGUCCAGAAGCAAAAUCUGAGUUCCCAGAUCUUGACAUCAAUCUAGUCUCUGCAGUUUCGAUAGCAAGGCGUUUACAAGACCCACUUGCUGAAUUAGUAAAAGUAGAACCUAAGCAUUUAGGUGUAGGAAUGUAUCAGCACGAUCUUCCGGAGAAACAAUUAUCAGAGGCAUUAAACGAAGUAGUUUCCGAGGCUGUGAGUUUUGUAGGAGUGGAUGUGAACACUGCAUCUCAGUGCCUUAUGAGAAGGGUUGCUGGUUUGAAUGCGACUAGAGCAAACAAUAUCAUAAAUUGGAGAACUGAAUUUGGUCCAUUUAAAAACAGGCAACAGCUAUUGGACGUGAAGGGCAUUGGAAAUAAAACUUUCGAACAGUGCGCUGGAUUCAUCAGAAUAUUACCAGAAACAUCAAUGACUGAUAACUUAGUGAAAGCUGCAGGUGCUAAGAAUUCUAAAAAACACACUCCCAAUUUGCUGGAUCAAACCUGGAUCCAUCCUGAGUCAUAUGAAUUAGCUAUGCAAUUUGUGGAAUUUUGUGGUUGUAAGUUGGAAAACCUCGGUACUACAGCAUUCAUUGAAAAUGUAAAGUCUUGCGCGCGUAGAGGGUGUGACGUUUUGGCAGAAAAAUUCCACACAGAUGCGACGACGAUGGCAAUAAUCGUUCAAGGAUUAUCUAUGAAAAAAGACGAAGAUAUAAGAUUGAAGACCAAUUAUCCUUUGUUCCGAAAUAGUAUGCUUAGUAUUAAGGAUAUAAGCAAUGGGACAUCGUUAACGGGUGCAGUGAGGAACGUUACUCAUUUUGGGGCAUUCGUGGAUGUAGGUGUUGGUAGGGACGGACUCAUACCAAAACAAUGGAUGAAAAAUUGCACACUCUCUAUAGGUCAGCGUGUAGAAGUAAAAGUGCAGACAGUUGAUAUUAACCGUAAUAGAAUAAGCUUAGAAUUAAUUCAAACUCUGUAACACGUUCCUAUACAUUAUGAUACAUAUUAUAUACGUUUAUGUAUAUACAACAGAUAUU